UAACCGAGCUCUUGUUGAGCCGAACUCGCUCGUGAGGUACAUGGCACCGUUUCAUCAAUCAAUUGCCCAAUCAGACGGGCUAGACGUAGCAAAAAAUUAAUCAGACCCGCUCACAUUGUACUGCAAAAAAAAUUCUUGCAUGUAGUUCAAAGUUUCUCCCACUCAAUUUUCCAAUUUGAAUCACUAAAACUAAAACCCUAACAAAACCUCUGUAUCAUUUCAAAUCACUCGCAAACCUCAAAAGCAAAAAAAUAACCUAAUAAAAAUGUUCACUCCAGGAUCAAAGAGAGCAACAAGAAGCUCAAUUCACAAUGCUGGAAGCCACAGACCGGCGCUCGAUUCGCCGGUUACGCCUCUUCAACAUAAUCAGUCUAUUCCUAACCGUCCGUCCACCGGAACUCCUGCUCCUUGGGCUCCUCACCUCUCCGUUCUUGCUCGAAUACCGCCAGCGCACAGAACUGAAAAGGAGAAUGAGGUAGAUCCAAUUAAACCUGUAUAUGUAGGGGAGUUCCCUCAAGUAGUUCGUGACGAACAGGACAGAUUUCUGCAGAAGCAUAUUUCUGGCAAUGCACAUAUAUCUGGUGGAAUGGAUAAGGACACGUGCCUUUCUUGGAUCAUUUUUGGAAACAGACUCUUCAUAUGGAGUUACUUGUCUUCUGCUGCUUCAAAAGAUUGCAUUGUUCUUGAGUUUCCUUCAAAUGUACUGGAUGAUGGAGAUUCUGGAAACAAAUCCUAUCUUGGGAGCAACUGGAUAGUUGCCAUUGUCAAUUGGGAGAUAUCUUGCCAGGGAAGAACCAAAGAUGUGCAGAGUCGCAAUUCUGCUGGUGUUAUAAUCUGUAACCAAAAAACUCGAGCUGUCAUCUACUGGCCUGAUAUUUACUCUGCAGAUGGAUCUAUUCCUGUUACCAGUCUCUUAUCUACUAACGAAAUGGAGAAUGCUUCUUCUCCAAGUGAUAACAAGACUACCCCAACCAGGAAGCAGCAACCUAACAAGCCUGGAAGUAUUUCAGUUGGCUCAAACACUCUUAACUCUAUGAUUGCUUCUGCAGUGUCUGUAUCCCAGCAGGUGUGUGUUUCUUGGGUCUGUAGUUCUAAUGGUGAACUGUGGCAGUUCUAUUGCAGCCCCACCGGCAUCCAACGUAGUAAAGUAUAUCAAGACAUAGUAAGUUCAUCCUUCAGAGUUGAUGUCAAUGGUCAAUCUGUUUUGAGCAAGGGCUAUCCAAGGUCGCUCAUCUGGCAUUCUUCAUUUCAUUCCAAGGAGGAUGUUAAUAGGCAGUUUCUUAUGUUGACAGAUCAGGAGAUACAGUGUUACAGUGUUACAUUUCGUCCUGCUUUAAAUGUGUCAAAACUAUGGUCUCAUGAAAUUGUCAGCAUUGACGGAGAUUCAGGCAUUCAAAAAGAUUUGGCUGGUCAGAAACGUAUCUGGCCUCUGGAUGUACAAGUUGAUGAUCAAGGUAAAGUGAUCACAAUUCUUGUUGCCACUUUCUGCAAGGACAGGGUUAGUGGCUCAAGCUAUAUACAGUAUUCUCUUUUGACAAUGCAAUAUAAGUCAACUUUUAGCACACCCUCUGAUGUGCAUGAAAGGAUUUUGGAGAAAAAAGCUCCAAUCCAAGUGAUAAUCCCAAAAGCAAGAGUAGAAGACGAAGAUUUCUUAUUCUCUAUGAGGCUUAGGGUAGGAGGAAGGCCAUCAGGCUCAACAAUCAUACUCUCAGGUGAUGGAACAGCAACAGUAUCCCAUUAUUAUAGGAAUUCACUCCGUCUUUAUCAGUUUGAUUUACCAUAUGAUGCUGGAAAAGUUCUAGAUGCAUCAAUCCUUCCUUCAGCUGAUGGAAGUGAAGAUGGUGCAUGGGUUGUACUAACAGAGAAAGCAGGAAUAUGGGCCAUACCUGAAAAAGCUGUUGUACUAGGUGGAGUUGAGCCACCUGAGAGAAGCUUAUCACGUAAAGGGAGUUCAAAUGAAGGAUCUGCGGAUGAAGAGGGAAGAAACAUCACAUUUGCAAGCAAUGCUGCUCCUAGAAGAGCGAGUUCUGAAGCAUGGAAUGCUGGUGGUAGACAAAAUACUGUGAUCACUGGAAUUGCACGUCGAACUGCCCAAGACGAGGAAUCAGAAGCUUUGCUUGGCCAGCUUUUUCAUGAUUUUUUGUUAACUGGACAUGUUGAUGCUUCAUUUGUAAAGCUUCAAAAAUCUGGAGCAUUUGAAAGAGAUGGAGAAACAAAUGUUUUCACUAGGACUAGCAAAUCUAUUGUUGACACCUUAGCUAAACACUGGACAACAACUAGAGGGGCUGAGAUUGUGGCUUUGACAAUAGUAUCCAGCCAACUAAUAGAGAAACAGCAAAAACAUGAAAGAUAUCUUCAAUUUCUUGCUUUAUCCAAGUGUCAUGAGGAGCUGUGUUCCAAACAGAGACAGUCUUUGCAAACAAUCUUGGAACAUGGUGAAAAACUUGCUGGGAUGAUUCAAAUAAGAGAACUGCAAAAUGUUAUUAGCCAGAAUCGUUCAACUGCAUCUGGUUCCCAAAAUUCUAGUUCCGAAUCUCAGAUUGCAGGAGCUCUUUGGGACCUUAUUCAGUUAGUUGGUGAGAGAUCCCGCCGCAAUACUGUUCUUCUUAUGGACAGGGACAAUGCCGAAGUAUUCUACAGUAAGGUUUCUGAUCUUGAAGAGGUAUUUAAUUGCUUGGAGAGACAUUUAGAAUAUGUCGUAAGCGAGGAACAACCACUUGAGGUUCAGAUACAGAGAUCUUGUGAACUUUCAAAUGCAGUUGUCUCUGUAGUUCGCACUGCAAUGCUUUACAGAGAUGACCAUCACAUGUGGUAUCCACCACCAGAGGGCUUAACACCAUGGUACUGUCAACUGGUUGUUCGGAAUGGGCUGUGGCGAGUUGCAUCUUUCAUGCUCCAGCUGCUUAAUGAAAUAACUGGAUUCAAUAAUUUCACAAAAUCAGAUCUUUACAGCCAUCUAGAGAUACUAGCUGAAGUGCUUCUUGAGGCAUAUGCUGGUGCUAUUAAUGCUAAACUUGAGCGUGGAGAAGACCAUAAAGGACUGCUAGAGGAGUAUUGGAAUAGGCGCGAUUUCCUUCUUGGAUCUCUCUAUCAAAAGUUAAAAGAUUAUGUAGAAGGAGGGCACCAGGUUUUUAGUAUUGGAACUGAUGAACAGAAUGAUGAAAUCCUAAGAAAGCUUUCUUCAAGUUUGCUGUCCACUGCAAAAAGGCAUGAAGGAUACAAAACAAUGUGGAGUAUAUGCUGUGACCUCAAUGAUGCAAUGCUGCUAAAAAAUCUUAUGCAUGAUAGCAUGGGACCUAAAGGAGGUUUCAAUUAUUUUGUGUUUAAACAACUGUAUCGGAAGAGGCAAUUUUCCAAACUUCUACGGCUUGGUGAGGAGUUCCCAGAGGAGUUAUCUUUUUUCCUAAAGCAUCACCAUGAUCUUCUUUGGCUUCAUGAGGUGUACCUCCAUCAAUUUUCUUCAACUUCCGAAACACUUCAUGAUUUGGCUCUUUCUCAAGAUGAGUGCUCCAUUUCAGAAGCUGAAGAAGGUGCAGAACCUGAUCAUGUCAGUUUGAUAAAAACACCAGUGGAUAGAAAGCGUCUUUUGCAUCUCUCAAAGAUUGCUGCCAUGGCAGCAGGUAAAAAUGCCGAUUGUGAGACGAAGCUCAAGCGCAUUGAUGCAGAUUUGAAGAUUUUGAAAUUGCAGGAAGAAAUUUUAGAAGUUCGUCAGGCUAAUAGUGUAGAAGUAUAUGACGGCCAGCAGCUUCUCCGUCCUGAGGAGCUCAUAGAGCAUUGCCUUAAUAUUGAAAGUCCAGAGUUGGCAUUGCGAGCUUUUGACGUGUUUGCAUGGACGAGCUCAUCAUUUCGUCAAAGUCACAAAAGUCUUCUGGAAGAAUGUUGGAAGAACGGUGCUGAUCAAGAUGAUUGGGCGAAACUUCAUCAGGCAUCUAUUAAUGAAGGAUGGACUGAUGACGAAACCCUGCAGCAACUCAGAGACACGGUCCUUUUCCAGGCAUCGAGUAGGUGCUACGGACCUCGAGCUGAAACAAUUGAAGGAGGAUUUGAUGAAGUGUUGCCAUUAAGGAAAAAAAACUUAAAUGUGUCGGAAACAGCGAAGGAUUCGGAUAUUUCCGUUGAAGCAAUACUGAUGCAGCACAAAGAUUUUCCCGAUGCAGGGAAGCUGAUGCUGACUGCUGUCAUGUUAGGUAGUGUACAAGAUGAUGUAAGAGUAGAAGAGACUCCGUCUCCUAUGGAAUGAACCUCAUCAAUUUUGUGUAAUCAUUUGAUUUACAUGAUUCCAGUAUGUAGUAAAGUGUUUAUCAAUGUGUUAUAGUUUAGCGAAAAUCUGUAUUCUUAAAAGAAAAUAUUUUAAGACAUUUGUGCAGAAAAUGUAUGUAAGAGCAGGAUUAGCUAUAGAGAAUGUCUGGUAAUAUUACAUCAAUUUCUGUCAAA